AUGUUGAAGGGCAUGAGGGUUUACACUGAUAUGUUUGUUUUGGAUUUGCUAUGGCAAGAUACAGUUCAACCCAUCCCAAGCAAAAAAGUUGAUGAGUACGAAGAGUUAAAGGUUAUGAGCAUAGGAUGCCCCAAAAGCACCAAGGAUUGGAGUGAGAUGGCAAAGUCAUGGCAGCGACUCAUGGCCAUGUUCAACUUGACAAAAUCAACUUUGAAGACCCAAAAAGAUGAGCUCACGGAAACUACCAUGCUAUAUGGUCACACAAGCUAUAUUCAGAUUUUGGCAUCUUGCCAGUAG